UGGAAGGGUGAGGGGUUGGAUUUGGUUUGACGAGGCGGUGGCUGGUGGCUGGGGUCUUUAACCCUUUUUAUCUUCGAUCUAAGCACACAUAACAUAACUUAUUCUUCCCCUUCCCACGCUUCGCAGAAGCUUCGAUCUCUUUCUUCCGCCUUCCGCCCCACGCACAUCGCCAACUAACUCCAAUAUUUAAUCAAUCAAAAAGCCCAACCGUUUCAAACCCUAGACCUCGCCCAGAGACAAGAGAUGGACGAUUGCUGUGCCGUUUGCGCCGAGCCUUUGGAAUGGCUUGCCUACGGACCCUGUCUGCACCGGGAGGUCUGUUCCACGUGCGUCGCUCGCCUCCGUUUCAUCUGCGACGAUCGCCGUUGCUGCAUCUGCAAGACCCAAUGCAACCUCGUAUUCGUCACCAAGGCUCUUGGAGAUUAUACGAGGAUGAUUAAUGACUUUUCGGCCCUUCCUUCGGAGGUAAGGGAGGGCAAGGUUGGAUCAUACUGGUACCAUGAGGAUACAAAUGCAUUUUUUGAUGAUGUGGACCAUUACAAGAUGAUCAAGGCUAUGUGCAGGCUUUCGUGCAGUGUAUGUGACAAGAUGGAGGAGCAACCGCAGGAUGCUGCCUCAAGGCGGCGAGCAAAGUUUAGGAAUAUAGGGCAGUUGAAGGGUCAUUUAUUCCAUCGUCAUAAGUUGCAUAUGUGCGGUUUAUGUUUGGAGGGAAGGAAGGUUUUUAUAUGUGAGCAAAAGCUAUACACCAGAGCACAGUUGAAUCAACACAUAAGCACAGGUGAUUCUGAGGUGGACGGAAGUGAGAGUGAGAGAGGUGGUUUUAUGGGGCAUCCCAUGUGUGAAUUCUGUAGAACCCCAUUUUAUGGGGACAAUGAACUGUAUAUGCAUAUGUCUACAGAACAUUAUACUUGUCAUAUAUGCCAAAGGCAGCAUCCAGGCCAGUAUGAAUACUAUAAGAAUUAUGAUGACCUAGAGAUCCACUUCCGUCAAGAGCACUUCUUAUGUGAAGAUGAGGCCUGCCUUGCUAAGAAAUUUGUUGUUUUUCAAUCUGAAUCUGAGAUGAAGAGGCAUAAUGCUAUUGAACACGGAGGGCGGAUGUCACGAUCUAAGCGUAAUGCUGCUCUUCAGAUACCAACUAGCUUUCGAUACCGACAUGGUAAUGAACAUGACCAACGCCGUGGAAGAGGUGGUGCUGGAAGAGGCCGUUCGUUUCGUCGUGAUGUUUCUGAAAAUCAACUGUCUAUGGCCAUUGAAGCUAGUUUGGAGACAGCUAAUGCAGAGCAAACAUUCCGGGAUCAAUCAACAUCAAGUAGUGGGCAAGUUCCUGUUGAUGAUGGGAAUGCUGAUAUCGAUUCCAUCCUUCAGCCAUUUGAAUCAUUAGCUACAGCUGGUUCUGAACCAGCUUCAAGAUACCUUCAAGCCUUGGGGCAUAGCUCUAGGAAUGGACCUCUGGAAGAUUCUUCCUUUCCACCGCUGCCCAUAGCUUCUGUCAAUGGCCAGCAAAGGUCCAGAAAUGAAUCUGAAGGUUCAUCUGGUAACACUAUGGCUGCACGUUUGCGUCGGCAUGGAAACAGAAAAGUAACCGUUAUUAAUUCUGGUAAUGCUGGUAAUGCUUGGCCAGCAGCAGGUCGUGGACUGGCAGUACAAUCAUCAAGUAAUUCUUCCCAAUCUAAACUGUCAACAAGUAAUGCUCUUGGAGUAUCUCGUGGUCUUUCACCAUCAACUUAUGCUGGUUCUAUUCAGGCUACACAGAGAACUUCUCAUGGACAGUUACCUGCUGGUUCAUCAAGGGACAAUGGCAGAAUAGUACACUCUGCAUCUGCUCCAAAUCUUAUCGAAAAUAACUCUGCUGAAGUUUCAAAUUCUGAUUUUCCUCCAGUUUCUGCUGCACAAGUGAGUAAGUUACCUGCAAGCAGCAAGUCUUCAUUAAAUGUGGAAAAUGUUCAGUCUGCUAACAAGUCCUUGGUUGAAAAGAUUCGUGGUGCUCUGGAUUUUGAUGAAGAAAGAUACACUAUAUUUAAAGACAUAUCUGCCCAAUAUCGGCAAGGCACAAUAGAUACAGGUACAUAUCUGGACUAUGUGCAGCAGUUUGGCUUGUCUCAUCUUGUGCUUGAGUUGGCAAGACUAUGUCCGGAUUCUCAGAAGCAGAAAGAGCUUGUUGAUGCUCACAAUGCUAGUUUGCAAAGAAAUGCUUUACCGGAAUAUAACUUGGUUCUAGGCAGCUCUAGCAUCCAUCGCAAAGACAGUAGUGUAAACAAGAAAGGUAAAGGUAAGUCUGUAGAUGGUAGGGGGAGUAACUCCACAGAGAAAUUAGCAGAUAGCUUUUUAAGCACCGUACAUCAGCUACAGGCAAGUUAUAAAUCUUCAGAAGAGAAGGUUGAGGUGUUAUCAAGGGGUGAUUACCGCAGUGACAGAGGCAAAUUAAAAAUCGAGCAGCGGAUUGAUACAAAUUCUGGUAGUCAACCUACGAUGAGGGUUAGUGGGCACACUGAAACAUCAAACGACAGUUUAUCUAAUCAAAGUAGAGAGGAUGGGGGUGGUGGGAACAAGCAACGCAAGAAAACUUCUAAGUUCCUGAGAGUGCGCCUUGGUGAUGGUUCUGUUUCGGCCCUUCUUGAUCAAUCAGAUCCUGCAACAACAGAAAACUCAGAAGCUAACAAGGAUGACUCUAGUGGAGGGCUGCCUGUGCGAGGUGUUUGGCGAAAUGGUGGAGGUCAUAAACUUUUUUCUUAAUUUUUGCUUCACCGCGACCCCGAAAUGGGAAAUAUCAAAGCAGUUGAACUGGCUGUCAAAAGCCAUGGCUGAACUGCAAUAUAAACAUGAAUACGGUUUUAGCUUAGGGAGUGAUAUUUGAUUAUGUCGAAUUAAGUUAGAUUUCAAGCUGGGAAGUGACUUUUGUCGUUGUGUUGAAGACCGAACGCCGUUGCCUGAAUGGGCUUAUAUUUUUGGUUUGGGGUAUACUUUGAUUUUGAUCAAGACAAGUGUUCAUAUGAAAGUAUAGUGCCAAGUGUACUGUUUGUUUCGUACGAAAGUGGCACUAUUUCUUACGUGACGAUUUGCAAUUUCAUGCUCAUCUAUCUUCUGCAAUUGUAUUCCCUUCUGCGGCGGCCAUUGGCCAGAGCCAGGCAGUAUUAAUCCAUAGCUGUUUUGGGGGUGUCGGGAACGUUAAAAAAAUUGGGUAUGUUUUGAUAUU